UUGAACUUUCGGCUGGGUGUAAAACGAGUAGUUGAUUGUUUAGGGUGUAAAUCUUUACAGUUAGCGAUUUUAAUUAGAAAACCUAUUAGAGAACAUUAGUUUUAAUAAGUAAUUUAUCAUCCAGAAAGUUCCUGAUAUGGAUCUCGAUGACUCUUUUACCGAUAAGUUGCUAAAGCGGACAAAAGCUCGCAAAGAUUAUCUUAAGGGUAAGAUGACAGACAGCCCUAAUAGAAAGAAGAGAACUGCUCUCGUUGAAGAACAACAGAUUCCAAAUGAAGAUGAUAAAGGACACAAAGAAUCACCAAAGCGUUUGUGUGUGGAACAAGUAGCUGCAGAUAAUGAAGUUAAAGAAGAUGAUCCAAUGGAAGAAGUGAAGGAAAAUAAUUAUUUCAAAGAGUGUGAGCCCAUGGAGGAAGAAGAGGAAGCUCCCCUCAAAGCAAGGGGCCUGGCUGCUCUGAGGAAGAAGAAUACCAUGCAAGAUGAUCCAAAUGAUAAAAAGGUGUUUAAAGAUGAGCUGAUGGGCAAGCCUCCAACUUAUGUGUUUUCGACCAAUAGUACAGAAUUGUGCUCAACUCGUAAAAAUCGAUUGGCGAGUCUGGCUGCUGAUAUUAAUGGCUGGGAGGACAAUCUGAAGCGAACUGCUGUGCCUGCCACUACCACUGCUAAAGGGGCUCAAACUAAAAGUGGAAAUCAUAUUAAUAUUAACAAAAUUGGUGAACAAAAGACUUGUAAUAGUGUGAAAGAAAUGGGGAAAGAAGCAGAAAAGCAGAAACCUGCUUUCAAUAAAGAAAAAAUACUUCAGCCCAGCUUCAAAGCUAAAGAAGUGGAAGAUACUUUAAAUCGCAGCUUUGAGCCUUCUAACCUUCCUCUAUCAGCGCGCAAAGCCCUUUUCGAGCAAGCUGCACAUGGGAAUAAAACACAGUCUGAACAACAAACGAUUGAACCUAAGCUGUCUGUUGCUCAGCGAGCUGCCAUGUUCGAAAAUGGUCCCAAAAACAAAUUUGGGUCCAGAUCAGCUUAUCAAAAGCCAGCUUAUGCAUCACCCGACAAACCAUUUACAAAAGUAGAUAGAGAUAGCCCUGUUAAAUCAGCUGCUACAUCAAGUUGUAAAAGUCCUGCAAAACCCUCUACUGCAUUAAAUGGAAGCCCUGCAAAACCUGUUGUACUGAAGGGUAGCCCUGCAGAACUUUCGUCUGUCUUGAUUGGAAGUCCUGCAAAACCCUUUGCUGCAUUAACUGGUAGUCCUUCAAAGUCUCUGGCUGCAGCAUCUGGAAGCCCUGCAAAAAUAUCAUUUGCAUUAAAUCGCAAUAGUCCUGCCAAAUCUGGAACAACUGAAGGAAGGGCUACUACCCCUGCAAAAUCAUCUAUUCCAAAACCUCCAGCAGAGCCACCUAUGUCCCCCAGCCAGCAGCAAUGGGUAAAAUCUGCUGGUAUUGAGCCAGAUAAGAAACGACCUUUGUCUAGCCUUGUUAACCACUGGGAAAAAUUAUCUUCAUCAUCUAGUGUUACAAAUAGCCAGUCUGAAGAGGAAGUUCCACCACAUGCACUCCCUGCUAGAGAGAAUGUGUCUUACUCAUCGGAAGAAGAACAAGAUGAGCAAGUAGAGUCAGACUGUGAGGAAGAGCUAACUGAAUCUGAACAUGAGGAACAGCAUGUUCAGUCAGAACAUGAAGAGCCAGCUGCUUCAGAAGAUGAAGAAUCAAAAACUGAUUCAAACUUUGAUGAAGAAGAAUCUGCUGAUGAUGAUCCUUUCACAGAUACUUCAUCUUUCAAUUCUAAGAAAUUUGCUGCUGCAGCUGGGAUUGAAACUGAAACUGAAAAUGAAGAUCGAAACAGUGCUCCUGAUCGAUAUUCUGCCAAUUCUGUCUCGGAUGGAAGCUCUUGUUAUCCUUCUCAGAGUUUAAGCAGCAGCUCUUGUGGGACAACAGAUGGGGAAGAAAGAGCCGGUCAUCAGCCUCUCUCAUACACUGUCAGUUUCUACCGCAAGCAGAAGCAAGAUUCUCGCACUCCACCUUUGCGUACUAUUGUGAGGCGGGAGCAAGUCCCUCCUUUAACUGAGGAAGAGCAGGGAAGAAUAAUUGACAUUCAAGAAGCCAUCAAGCGUCUGCAAGAAGAAGUUGUUCUACAGCAAAACAUCAUUGGACAGACUAGCCAGUUGAUCAAUGUUUGUUGUACUAAACCAGAAUUCAGUGGUUCCACUGAAGAGGUUGAAGCAGAGAAAGUAUUACUUACUGCUACUCAAAAGCGUCAAGCCUGCUUGAAUGAGAUCCAGCGGCUGAAAUCUCAUGGAGCCCAAGGAGGUGUUGCAGAGGAUGGAUAUGGAACACUUACUAUCAUGAAUAUGGAAUUGCCGCUGAAAAGAGACUUCAUUGCUGCUCAGCUUGAGGGUAAAACCAGUGAUAUUCAUUACUUUCUGUGCCUUGUGCGUCAUGGUCAUCAAGUGAUUGAAACACAAAUGGUGUCUACAAAUGAUAAAAUAGCAGAUGGCUCUCUACACUUCACCAAUCUGAUUAAAUUGAAGAAUCUUCCUCCAGAUUUUUCUGUUGUCUUUGAAGUCUUUACAUUGCAAACCAAAAAAGAAAGCAUGUCUCAUGAUAAGAAGUAUGGUAUUAGAAGAGAUCACAGCAAGAUUCGACUAACGCCUAAAGGAAAGAAAGGUGAUGGAAAACUUCCUGCCGUUAGCAGCCCAGGUGGGCCUCAUGCUGUGAGGUCCCCCAGCUUCCGAGUUGUUGGUUACACUCGUUUUACUCUCCAAAAUUGCACUAAGAAAUGUUUUACUUUAGACAAAAUUCCUUUUACUUCACCUUUGGAAGGUGUUCUCAAAGUCAAACUACAGUUACAUGCUGAACAUAAUGUCACAGAGAGAGGAUUUUUAACCAUGUUUGAAGACGUAAGUGGCUUUGGAGCCUGGCAUAGGCGAUGGUGCUGCUUAGAAAACCAUCUGUUAUCUUAUUGGAAAUAUCCAGAUGAAGAAAACAAAAAGGAUGCAAUGGGUUCAAUUGAUUUACGUCAAUGUAUCACAAAGGAAGUCCGAGUGGUAUCGCGUGACAUUUGUGCUCGUCCCCACACCUUCCAGCUGGUGGAGGUGCGCCCCAGGAAGAAAGGUGACCGUGACACUCUGAUAUCCCAAAGUCAUGACACACUCACUACCACAAGACGUUUGCUUUCAGCUGAUACCCGUGAAGAGCGGGAAAGAUGGUGUCAACGACUGAAUGAUGCCCUGCGUUAUGUCCGCCUUUGGGACCCAAAAGCCCUGGCGCCCACACAGUGAAAGGGAACUGUACCACCAUAAUUAUAGAGCUUUUAUUUUUUUAUAUUGUAGCAAAUGCUGCUCAUAUGCUGCUAUAUAUCUUUUGUGCUGUUGUUUGAAUUUGAAAUUCCAUCUUUUUAUUGAUAGUUAGAACUAUAUUAUUUCCUUUAAUUAAAUCAAAUGAUAAGAUAAUGUUUUAUUUGAAAGAUGAUUAUUCGGAUCUGUUUUAUUUUGGAUUUACAUACUCUUAAAAAGUAGUUGGUUGGUUUUGUCAUUUUUUUUUUAUAUAUAUAUAUAUGACAUUUUUUGUCAUUUUUUUUAUAUAUAUGUUUAUUAUUUGUGAGAAUCAAUAAGUAGAAUUGUACAGAAAUUGUCCGAGUAUAUUCAUCUGUAAACCCAUCCAUUCCAGAAAUUUUCCCUUUGUUUAAAAAAAUAUAGGAUAUUUGCUGCAUAUGCAGAUUUUCAAAUUUAUAACAUUUAUGUUAGUUUGCACGUGCACAUUAAUGGAAUUGUAGUUAAAAAGGAAAUGCUCCUUCAAUGUCUGUAUUCUUCGGAUCAUUGAAUAUAAAACUAUAUAUUAAAUAGCAAACAUUCAUGAAUAAAGUAAACCUGUCUUUUUGUUGUAGAACAAAAUUAAUUUUAUCUUAGCAAUUAAUACUUUUUGAAUUUUAAUUAUUUUGUAUAUUUUCAUUAGCAUUGUACUGAAUAUUUGCUAAUUUUCUUAAUAUUCUUGCUUAAUCUGUAUCCAUUCAGAUUAUUUCUUCUUUACUGUGUCUCAGUAUUUGUUUUAAUUCUUUGAAUAUUUAAGAAUGCAUAAAAUCUUUCUUUAUUCAUUCUAUCACUGAGGUUUCAAGAAGAGUGUGGGCCUUAAUAUGAUGUAUUAUUAUUCCUUUAUCAUAAAAUUUGAUUUCCUUGUUUUAUAUAAUAUGUGUAUAUGCUUUAUAUAUCUGAAUGUUUCUGAAUCUUUAAUGCUUGACCAUAUUUUAAAAUAUGUAUAAUCCUUUAAUAAUCCAUUUAUUUUUUAAUCAAAGUGC